AUGUGCGGAAAGGCCUGCAAGGUCGGCGGCGCCGCGUCGCCGGCGGGGACGAGCAGCACGGCGACCUCCAUCGUCGUCCUCGCGUCGCUGCUCCUCGUGGCCUCGGCCGUCGUGUUCUUGCUGUCACCGCCGCCGCCACCGUCGGACGCGAAGGGUCCACCUGAGCCGGUCGAGCUCGCCAUCGGCGUCGCCGGCCACGAGGGCUGGCUGGACGCGCUCCGCGCCUGGGCCAAGCUGGCCUGCCUCAGGCUCCGCCCGCUCGAGCCAAGGUACGAUCUUAGGAGCCCGGUGUCGAUGAAGAAGGCGGCCAAGCAGAGCCUGGAGAUGGGCAAGGAGGCGGUGGAGCACACCGCGGAGUCGGCGGCGAGGGCCGCCGAGGAGACCAUCGCGAUGACCACAGAGAAGGUGAGGAGGAAGGUCUCUUUGCCCCGAGCCCAGCGGCCCAACGGCGAAUGCAUCCGCCUCGACGCGGCGCGGUCAGGACCCAACGUGUCCAUGCCCGUCUUUCUUGGGCCCGCCUCACAACGAAAUUCUACUGGUCAUAUUCGUGGGCACCUCCAGUCAUGGUCGUCGUCGAGGACGAUGACGAUGACCAGCGACCGUGGAGGCGCUCUAGUGGGAUAG